CACGAUAAGUUCUGCUUAUCUCACAUGCCAGUGACACCGUGGUAAAGUUGAUCCGAAAUGGUACCCUUCGACUAGGAAAUAUCACGAUCCUGCCGGGCAAUGAAAGUUUUAUCCAUAAUAUGAAGUACAUCAUUAGCAAGUUUACAUUCGGCAAAGCCUUCCGAGGCUAUAUGGACUCUGCAUCUCCGGAGCUGGCGGGGUCCUUAGAGAGCAUCAAUCAUGGCUUGGCUGGGAUCACGACCGGUACCUACGAAGAAACUCUCCAGGGUGAUGACAGAGGCUGCCCCAGCACCCCUGUUAUCGAUCGAAGGGUUUCACAGAACCGCCACCCACAAUGUACUUGCCCUCCAUCCCGGCGCUCGCUCUCUCGCCUCCGUAACCCUCACGAUGAGCUUCCCACGGGCACCGAUUUCCACUUCAUCCUUAUCUCCGAGAUCCAGGUCAUUGCAACCAACCUCAAAGAAUCCAAGCCGCAUCGCUACACUUUCGACCAAUGGGCCUGGUACCUGAAACUUAUCGGCGAAGAUGAACACAAUGCACAGGCGCAUCGCAAGGCUAAGCCAAGGGAAAAGCGCCUGGAUCUGAAUGAUGAUGACGUAGAUAAGGAGCCGACGUGGUCGUGGGUCGGGAAUUGCAAUCCUUUGAUAGGUAGUCAAGAGGAGAGUGAGUGGAUUCUUGAUAAGUUGAUAUAUAGACUACGAGAGUCGCUAUCGCCAGAGAGGAGGCGGCACCAGUGGAAUGGUGCCGAGAAGGCAUAUGGGGAGGCGCAGGAGGUGUAGAAUUUGGAUGGAGAUGGUAGCGAUAUGAAGCAACAAGGAUGACACUUGUCUCUUGAAUCGGUCAUUUACACAUUGCGAUGAAGACCAUGGGUUGUUCUUGUUCCCGGCUACUUAAUAUAUGUAUGGGAUGAAGUUAGACUAGUUUAAAUAGGAUUGGGCAAUGUGUUCGAAGAUGCCAGUAAUUUCGACCACUUACUUGACAGAUCUCCUCGGUGUCCACAAGCCUCAAUCCCAUACUUACACCACAUGACGACAGUACAAGCGGGGUAUGGAAAGAUAGUUCAAUGAAGCAAUUUCGGCC